UGUUCUCUCUUUAAUUGUACCUUCUUCCAAUCAAACCCUAAUCAGGUUACCUCCUCUCUCCUCUCGAUUCCGCAGUUGUGCAUUGUAUUCACGUAUCAAUUCAUCUUGAGAUCUGUUACCUGGUUUGCCGUCGAAGGCGUCAUGUUAGGUGCUUUAAGACGGAAAGCCGCUUCCGGCGCCUCAUCUGCUUCGGUUUGUGGAAAAUCAUUUUACAAGCUUAAGCCUGCAGGAUCUGCCCCUCGGGUGAGCUCUCCAGUGGUGGAGGAGAUAAAUUGCAUAAGGGGAUUUGGCAAUGUUCGAACUUUUUGUCACCUUCCUUCCGCUGGGCAGAGAAUGUAUUUGAUGCCAAAAAGGGAAGCACUAAACAGUUCCCUCAAGAAUGUCAAUUUGCAGAAUUGGAGUAGGCCAUUCAGUUCUGACAGUGAUGGUGAUGUUUUUGAAGCUGUUGUCCCUUUUAUGGGUGAAUCUAUAACUGAUGGCACUUUGGCAACAUUCUUGAAAAAGCCUGGGGAUAGAGUGGAAGUUGACGAGCCAAUAGCUCAGAUUGAAACAGACAAGGUCACCAUUGAUGUCAAUAGUCCUGAAGCUGGUGUGAUCAAGGAGUUUGUAGCUAAGGAAGGAGACACCGUAGAACCUGGUACCAAGGUUGCUAUAAUAUCAAAAUCCGGUGAGGGUGCGACUCAUGUUGCACCUUCCGAUGAGAAACCAUCCGAAAAAUCUCCUUCUUCCCCAUCACCUCCUGCGGAAGAGAUAAAGGAGAAGCAAGCACCUAAAGUUGAGACAAAACCUGCUGUAGCAAAGCCCAAAGGACCUCCUCCCAAACACUCUGCUAGUGAGCCCCAGCUGCCUCCUAAAGAAAGGGAAAGACGUGUGCCUAUGACGAGGCUUAGGAAACGAGUUGCCACACGAUUGAAGGAUUCUCAAAAUACAUUUGCAUUGCUGACAACAUUCAAUGAAGUUGACAUGACUAAUUUGAUGAAACUUCGUUCUGACUACAAGGACGUAUUUGCUGAAAAACAUGGUGUGAAGCUGGGUUUAAUGUCUGGAUUUGUUAAAGCAGCAAUAAGUGCUUUGCAGAAGCAGCCAAUAGUGAACGCUGUUAUUGAUGGAGAUGAUAUCAUUUACAGAGAUUAUGUAGAUAUUAGCAUAGCUGUUGGUACCCCCAAGGGUCUUGUUGUUCCAGUUCUUCGGAAUGCUGAAAAUAUGAAUUUUGUGGAGGUCGAGAAGGAGAUUAAUAACCUCGCCAAGAAAGCAAAUGAUGGCAGUAUAUCAAUUGAUGAGAUGGCUGGGGGAACGCUUACCAUAUCAAAUGGUGGUGUCUAUGGAAGUCUUCUUAGUACUCCCAUCAUCAACCCUCCUCAGUCUGCUAUCCUGGGGAUGCACUCGAUAGUGAGCCGCCCUAUGGUGGUUGGAGGCAACAUUGUUCCAAGACCCAUGAUGUACAUUGCACUCACAUACGACCAUAGACUGAUUGACGGGAGAGAGGCUGUAUUCUUCUUGAGAAGAAUCAAAGAUGUGGUGGAAGACCCGCGUAGACUGCUGUUGGAUGUAUGAUGCAGCUGUGGACAUUGAUGCAUCAAUGAGUUUGAGAUGGGCAAAAAUAAAUGCACAAUGUUGAAAGUUUUGCAGUUUUUGCUUAUUGCUUCGUCUUUGAACAAAGAUUGUCUUUCCAUGUGGCCUCCCGUCUCCAAAUUGGAAAAGAGAUUCUCCGAACACAACCAUUCACGUUUCUCCUCACUUUCGAAACCGCCAUGUAUACGGUGCUUGAUUAUUGAAAAUUGGCUAAGUUGAAACAUCACAAUUUAUUAGUACUGAAAAUUGCUUAAGUUAAAAACUUCACUUUGGAAA